GUUACUUUGCAAGUCUAAGUACUUAUCUUUCCACUGCAUGCUAGAGAUGGGUACCUCGAGACACCGGGGCAGUUGGCCUCAACUGGUAUCCGCAAUAGCAUUUUGCCUCAUAGCCACUACUGUGGUGGCCAAUGAGCCUUACAUUUAUGCCUCACCACCUCCUCCAUAUGUUUACAAGUCACCACCCCCUCCAUCGCCAUCUCCUCCACCACCUUACCUUUACAAAUCACCACCUCCACCAUCACCAUCACCACCACCACCUUACGUUUACAAAUCACCACCCCCACCAUCAUCAUCACCACCACCUCCAUAUGUUUACAAGUCGCCACCUCCUCCAUCUCCCUCCCCACCGCCUCCUUACGUUUACAAAUCCCCUCCACCACCAUCUCCAUCACCUCCCCCUCCCUAUGUCUAUAAAUCACCACCUCCGCCGUCUAAAUCCCCACCUCCUCCAUACGUCUACAAAUCUCCUCCUCCUCCAUCACCAUCACCUCCUCCCCCAUAUGUCUAUAAAUCACCACCUCCCCCAUCUAAAUCCCCACCUCCACCAUAUGUCUACAAAUCGCCUCCUCCUCCAUCACCAUCACCUCCUCCCCCAUAUGUCUACAAGUCGCCUCCACCUCCAUCACCUUCCCCUCCACCUCCUUACAUUUAUAAAUCACCACCGCCUCCAUCUAAAUCCCCACCUCCUCCAUAUGUCUACAAAUCCCCUCCUCCUCCAUCACCAUCACCUCCUCCCCCAUAUGUCUACAAGUCCCCUCCACCUCCAUCACCUUCCCCUCCACCUCCUUAUAUUUAUAAAUCACCACCUCCUCCAUCUAAAUCCCCACCUCCACCAUAUGUCUACAAAUCACCCCCUCCUCCAUCCCCAUCACCUCCUCCCCCAUAUGUCUACAAGUCGCCUCCACCUCCAUCACCUUCGCCUCCUCCUCCUUACAUUUACAAAUCACCACCUCCUCCAUCUAAAUCCCCACCUCCUCCAUAUGUAUACAAAUCCCCUCCUCCUCCAUCACCAUCACCACCUCCCCCAUAUGUCUACCAGUCGCCUCCACCUCCACCUCCAUCACCUUCCCAUCCACCUCCUUACAUAUAUAAAUCACCACCUCCUCCAUCUAAAUCCCCACCUCCUCCAUAUGUCUACAAAUCCCCUCCUCCUCCAUCACCAUCACCUCCUCCUCCAUAUGUCUACAAGUCGCCUCCACCUCCAUCACCUUCCCCUCCACCUCCUUACAUAUAUAAAUCACCACCUCCUCCAUCUAAAUCCCUACCUCCUCCAUAUGUCUACAAAUCCCCUCCUCCUCCAUCACCAUCACCUCCUCCCCCAUAUGUCUACAAGUCGCCUCCACCUCCAUCACCUUCUCCACCACCUCCUUACAUCUAUAAAUCACCACCUCCUCCAUCUAAAUCCCCACCUCCUCCAUAUGUCUACAAAUCACCUCCACCUCCAUCACCAUCACCUCCACCUCCUUACAUUUACAAAUCACCCCCACCUCCAAAAGGCUAUUAAGUUUAGAUGGAACACCUAAAUGGGUUUGAAGUAUUGCAAUAAUAUUUACUUUCCUUGGAUGUUAUAAAUUUUUUUAGCGUUGUAAUAUUCAGAAAAAAAAAAAGAAAAAGAAAACUGUAUUUGUGUAAAAUAAGGUUCUUAAAUGGAGAUCCUUUAGGAUCUAUAAAUAUGAAGCACACCCAUUGUUCCAUUUUCCAUAAGCAAUAUUGUAAGCAAGGAAUUCAAGUUCUGCAAGGAAUUCUAUGUAUUAGUAUUUCUAUUCUGAACGACAAAAUGUUGUCAUGCAUUGUUAUUCCAGAGCAGGGUAAUAAAUAUUUUGUUGUUAUUUUUCUUUCA